AUGGCGCGUGAUGAUGAACACAGCGAUACCGAGGCGCUGAUUCCUAGGCCCGAACCAGUCGAAUUGGACUCACGAGUCGUCUCAGCCAGAAGUUCUUUUCACAGCGAGAGAGAUGUAUCAAUUCAGAAACCUUCGAAUACGCUGGAUGUACGACGAUCGCGGCGAGAUAUUUCAGCCACCAGCUCGCACAGCGAAGCAGGCCCUUCGUCACCACCCCAACCAAUCGAGUUGCAACUUCUACGGCCACGAAGUGUAACGCCGGCGACAAGAAGCUCUUUGCAAAGUGACAGAUCUAGCCAGGAACUGGUACCGAGACCUUCUGUAGAGCUUGAAAUACUUCGGGCGAAGCGAGAUGCCUUACGAAGACCACCAGUUACCAGGAAACCCAUUCCAUUCUCGACAUCGCAUCCGCCGCUGGCAAGUUCAAUGAUAGUCAUACCACUGGUUGUUCUACCAUUCGCACUCGGACUUAUCUCUGCUUAUCGACAGCCGAGCAACGGAGCUGCAGGAACCUGCUUACCUGGAAGCACCAAAGUCGUCCCUAAAGUGGAUCUUUGGAGUAUAGACAACAUCGUUGCAAUCACGCUCCCGGUCGCUGGAAACCUUUCGUUUACGGGAGCCAAGUUUCUCGACAUCUUCUGGGACCUGAUAGUGGGACGAGGCGGACAGCUUUUCCUCCUUUAUAUGUCUUAUCAUGCCUUCAGCCAGGUUCUGACAAACAUGCUUCCAACCAACCAACUGACAUGUGACACAUAUGCUGCCGUUGCAUUUGACAAUGGCACUCUCAAGGGAGCUUCAACGCUUGCACGGGACUUCUGGCGAAAACGAUAUCCACGAACACGCUAUACAAUCGGCGUGUACAUAGUGAUGAUCUUUUCAGGACUAUUCAUAUUUGCCUGGCCGACUCUGCUUAGCGCGAUGACAAGCUAUGGAGCAGUCAUGAAUGCCGAAGUCACUGUUAAUGGCGAGACAUUACAGCUGAGUAGCUUCACUCCCUGCUGGGGGAUCGUGAGCGACGCAUCUCGAGUGGGACUCGAAAACGACUUCAUAAUUCCUGCUGAUGCACCUGAGCAAUACAACAUGCAGUCCCGACAAACGGCGUCAAUGCCGAGUGCAGAAGCAAGGAACCUAUCCGCGGCAGAAAGUCUGUACGCGUACUAUGUCAACCAUACAGGCCAGUACGAAGACUAUCAGCGACUUGGCUACCAUUCCAUUCCGGACAACGUCAGCAGUAUCUACCCCAGCGGAGCGUCCUCCGCCUCGCAGUACCUCGAAGGCGAAAGCACGUUCAAACACAACAACGCCACGACAGACCUCCCAACACCUUUACUAAACAUCCACAUCCUCGUCAGCAACAACGGCCAAAAAGGCUACGGCUGCUGGUACCAAAACCGCACCGUCACAACAGCCUACGAAAUCCUCAACACACCCGCGGGUAAAUGCACACCAACCGAAAAAUACCAAUGGGGUUUCUCCUUCCUCCUCCUCUUCCUCACAUCCCUCUUCACAACCCUCUGGUUUUGCGCGGUCUUGACGCUCUCCUCUCAAGAGAGAUAUAGAACUGAUGUCCCGAAUCAUGGAUACACGCCGCAUUUCUGGCGAGCCGUGGCGGAUUUGGGUCGGAUUCUUAGUGCUGAGGUUGGGGAGGAUGGACAUGUGCUUCCGACGCUGGAAUUGAAGAGGUCGAUGAGGAGAAGAUGGGACCUGACUGACGGUGAUAUGCGAGAGUCUUUGCAGUGCAGUUGCCAGACCAUCGCUUUGAGAGCUUCGAGUAGACAUCAAGGUAGCUCAAUUCCUUCUUUAAUACGCGAAACCGUCGCUGUAGCGGCCAUUGCCGAACUCUUUGUUCUCGAAGUCUUGGUUCUCGUGGAAAAGCAUGAGAUGAGAGAUGAGAUAACCACACAAGUGGACUAG